UUACACACUCUUUUCAGAAAGGUUGUUAUUGCUCUGCCAAGGAAAAAGAAGUGAUGGAGGAAGUGAAGGAGAAAAAUUGGAGAAUGGAAGCGGAAGAGAAUCUGCAGAGGUUGCAAUCUCUUCUGUUGGGUGCGGAACACGCUCUAGCAAACAAGGACUUCGCCUCCGCUUACGUCCUCGCGCUUCGUCUUCUCGGCUUCCUCGACGUGAAGUCCCACUCUGACGCUGUCGAUGAGGCCUUCCUUCAACCGACUCGUCGCGACGCACUCUCCAAGCUCCACACCGCUCGCAGAUCCCUCACCCCUCAAUCUGAUCGGCAAGCUUUUGAGCAAGCAAAGAAAUCUCCAGGAUACAUUUUUGGCACAACAGGAGAUAUUGACAUUGAGAAGAUUCGGAAUUCAAAGUACUUCCGUGCUCUUGUCAACCAAUCUAAAGAAAAAGAUGCGUAUAAAUUGGUUGAUCACCCGGGGAAACAGGGCAAAACGGGCAGCAAAGCCUCGAAGCAAAUGGUGCAAACGAAGUUAUCAUCCAUGUAUGGGAAAAGCAGUUUGUGGACUAGCAACUGUUCCCAGAGUUCUUUGAACAUGAAAAAGUACAGUUCUGAGGAUUGCAGGAUUCUUGGUAGGCCUCAAUCUCAAGCCAGCCAUACAAAGGGUCCUGGUGUCUCUUCUAUCUUUCAAGUUGAAGGAGAAGAAAGAGCUUUUGGAAACACAUUCUCAACCAAACGUGUACACGUGGAAACUAAUAAUCUCAGAGUUGGAUACUUGAAGUCACCUUCAAAUAAGGACGAAGUUCACCCUGAUGUUUGUGGCAAAGGGUUUAUUACUGCUAGAGCAAAACUGGAAAUUGAAGAAAAGCAGAAGCGAGGAGCAGGUGGUUCACCCUGUAACUCUGUCUCACCGCAGUGUGAUAACAGUCCUGCCAACAGGUUACAUGGUGGGAGAUCAUAUAGUAUUUCACGACGUGGUUUCCGUAGUAAUUUUGUUCCCCCUAUAAAAUCCAAUGGGAAUAAUGCUGGAAAUAUGAGUGCANCACGACGUGGUUUCCGUAGUAAUUUUGUUCCCCCUAUAAAAUCCAAUGGGAAUAAUGCUGGAAAUAUGAGUGCACGAAAUGCUGGAAAAUGUGAUGAUUCUUUAGAUGAAUCUACAAGGAAAUGUUUGGAAAUCCUGUGUGGUCCUGAUGGUGAGCUUCCAGAGAAAUUGAGGAAUUUGGAACCUCGCCUCAUUGAACAUGUUAGUAACGAGAUCAUGGAUAAAGAUCCCAAUGUCCGGUGGGAUGAUAUUGCUGGAUUGGAGCAUGCCAAGAAAUGUAUUGAUGAGAUGGUAAUAUAUCCUUUGCAACGUCCUGACAUAUUCAUGGGCUGCCGUUCACCUGGGAGGGGUCUUCUUUUGUUUGGUCCACCAGGAACCGGUAAAACAAUGAUAGGAAAAGCCAUAGCAGGGGAGGCGAAGGCAACCUUCUUUUACAUAUCUGCAAGUUCGUUGACUAGCAAGUGGAUUGGUGAAGGUGAAAAGCUAGUGAGAGCCCUUUUUGGAGUUGCCAGUUGCCGUCAGCCUGCUGUAAUUUUUGUUGAUGAAAUAGAUUCUCUCCUGUCUCAGCGUAAAUCAGACGGUGAGCAUGAAUCCAGUAGACGUCUAAAGACACAGUUUCUCAUUGAAAUGGAAGGCUUUGACAGUGGUAGCGAGCAAAUUCUGCUUAUAGGGGCAACGAAUCGUCCCCAGGAGCUUGAUGAAGCAGCACGAAGGAGACUUACUAAAAGGCUUUAUAUUCCCCUACCAUCCUCAGAAGCAAGAGCUUGGAUUGUACGUAACCUUCUACAGAAAGAUGGACUAUUCAAUCUUUCAAACGAGGAAAUGGAUAUCAUAUGCAUCUUAACGGAAGGUUAUUCAGGAUCAGACAUGAAAAACUUAGUGAAGGAUGCUUCUAUGGGACCCCUAAGAGAGGCUUUAAAACAAGGCAUAGAAAUUACAAAGUUGAAAAAGGAGGAUAUGCGAGGAGUAACUCUUCAGGACUUCGAGAACUCCCUCAGAGAGGUGAGGCCUUCUGUUUCCCCAAAUGAACUUGGGACGUAUGAUCAAUGGAACAAGCAAUUCGGAAGCUUAUCAUUGUAGUGGCAUGUUUCAUCACUGUAUGUAUGGUGACAAAUAUCACAGACUAGUCAGAGAUGGUAGCAACUACCUAGAUAGACCUGUACCUUAAUGCUUGCGCUAUGGUAAACUUUAUGUUAAUCUAAUUACACUGCUUGCACAACCCAUUGCCUGUAAAAUUCCACUGGCGCAAGAAGUGGCAUGCUGACCACCUUUUAAGAUUUAAUAUUUCAAGCUCCACAGCAUGUUUUGCAGGGCCUUUUCUUUGUGAUGGUGAUUACAAACAUGUUCAAUGAGCCAGGAUUAGCUAAUAGGUUCUUAUUUUUCA